AUGAGGAAGCCGGUCCACAUUGAUAUCACUGAAGAUGUAAAAAUACCUGUUAGGAGACACAACAUAGAGCUUCCCACGUCACCACUACGUGUACAACAUACAUCAAACUUAGAUGACAACCAGAACAGGUUACAAAAGCAAGUAUUGGACAGCAGAAGGCAGCAUCUCUCAGAGAAAGUAAAAUACCAGCAUAAUUUAUCACAAGUAACAGAAUUAACGUAUGCUGACUCUACUACGGAACAUGAAGACAACAUAGCAAGAGCUUUUAGUGCCUGUCCGUUGUCCUCUUCUGUUUUUUGGUCCUCUAACUGUACACAAUUUUCAGAAGAAAAUUUCAACACAAACCUAAUGGGCAACACUUGGGAACAAACCUAUGAAGAGAAGCUGCAAAACCAGCCAGGAAAUAGUUCUGAUCAAGACCCUUGGAUUACAAAACCUCCGAGCCCGUGUAUUUUCAGGAAGUCCGAUGCAGUUCCUCAGGAACUGUUUAAGCCAUUGCAUAGGAUAGACUAUAUGAAUUCUGCCAGGAAAAAUCCAGUGAUAAUGACCAGUAAUGAAUCAGAAAACAGUGAAGGAAUAAAAGAACCGUUGUUUGAUGUUGUGAAAGAAACUGCAGAAUUGAAAGGUCCCCAAGACGGAAGUGAUUGUUCCUUUCUAGCACUGUUCGAAGAUGAGAGCGAACCAAUCCAUAAUAAUCCUUCCACAAAGCAUUUUAAUCCUUUUGUUAACCAAAGCAGUACUGCCAUUUUUUUCAUUGAUCCUGAUGAUGGAAAUCAAAUGACCAACAGAAAUUAUCCUUAUCAUACUAGAGAGGCUUAUCCUGCAAUCAAUGCAAAAAAAAGUUCUGUAGACAGACAACUUGAAGGCAUUUUCACAGCUCCAGAACAGGUUUUACUUAACAGUAACAAUGCCACAAGUGCAAGCUACAAGAAAACCAGUGGACUUCAUAAAGCCCACCUGCAGGACUGUCAUGAGGGACAGCACUACUUCAUAACCUCUGAAAACAAAGAAAAACCUGCAAACCUUGAAAAAAGUGAGACAUUUGCUUAUCCCCAUGAUCAGCGGCUUAACUUAAAGGAGAAUGUACAGAACUAUUCAAGAAAAAAAAGUGACGAUGAGUCUGUGAAAGAGUCAGCCUGGAGACAGAACCAGCUCUUUGGAUUUGAAGAGUUCACAACAGCACAAGAGAAAGAGUAUAAGUUUGGAGUGAGUUCAAAUCUUCACGAGAUGGAGAAGGAUGUGGAGUCGUCACUCAGCAGCCAGUCUCCCAGUUACUCUCCAAGGCAGACAGAGAGCUGUUUCAGCUCUAGUCCUGACACGGCUGAAGAGGAAGACACAGCCAAAAAGAAGGAAUAUCUGAAUGAACGGUCUUUGAAGAUAGAUGAUGCCAACCUGAUCUCAGCCUCAGCAAGUACAGAGCCCCCCAAGACCUCUUGCACCAGAACUGUGCCUCUCCCGCCCAGCAGUAUUUUGGCUAGAGAAGCAGCAAACCAUCUUCAGGAGAAAGACUCUAUUUUUUGUGCCACAGAGAAGGAAAAUAAAAACCACGCUGCGCCACCUGAGGGCAGCUCAUUACACCAAGCCCUUAAGAGAGAGCAUGUCACUCGCAGUGUCAGGUGUGAUGUUUGGUCGCAGACUGAGAGCUCUGUUACAGAAGUAGAGAAAGUGGAUGUUGCCACCCAGUGUGGCACCACGCAGGUGUGCAGCUGUGGGAGCUCCCUUCCUUCUGCCCGCAGCCCGGGGGGAAUCCCUCCUCCCAGCACCGCAGGCACCGCUGGAGGGCACAAAAUGCCAGCACAUGAGGCGCUGCAGCCUGCAGGCACAAGCAGCACAGCAGAAAUAGCGGCGUUUUCUUCUGAAACCGAAUAUCUGAGUUUGGCUGGCAGAAGGACUCUGGAGGUACUAAACUAUAUUGAUAUAAUGAAAGAGAGAGAUAAGCAGUGA